AUGGCGUGUGGAUUAGGGCUGGUUCUUGUGCUGAAACACCACAAUGGUGCUGCCCACAAACUGGUGUGUUAUUUCACCAACUGGGCCUUUAGUCGGCCCAGCCCUCCUUCGAUCCUGCCCUGGGACCUGGACCCCUUUCUCUGCACCCACCUGGUAUUUGCCUUUGCCUCAAUGAACAACAAUCAGAUUGUUCCCAAGGAUUCCCAGGAUGAGAAAAUCCUCUACCCAGAGUUCAACCAGCUCAAGGAGAGGAACAAGGAGGUGAAAACACUGCUGUCCAUCGGGGGUUGGAACUUCGGCACAUCGAGGUUCACCACGAUGCUGUCCACAUUCGCCAACCGGCAGAAGUUUGUCAAUUCAGUGGUAGCCCUCCUGAGGACACAUGGCUUUGAUGGUCUGGACCUCUUCUUCUUGUACCCUGGACUCAGAGGCAGCCCCAGGCAUGACCGCUGGACCUUUGUCUUCUUACUUGAAGUAAGGCCAGCCUGGCAGCUCCCGAAUCCAGAAAUGAUUCUACUUUGAUCAUAUCUGGGCUCAGGGCACAGGGGAAGCCUAAGGCCGGGGAGAAGGGCAAGACAGCGGUAACAGAAGGUUGUUUACUGCCAUCACCUGCAGGUGUUGGACAAAGAGCUGCCUAGCAAGGGCCCUAUGGCGGCUCUUUCUCUCUGUCACAUCCGGGCCUUGGCCCAGCCCUCCAG